AUGACCGCGCAGAAACCAGACAACCAGGCCAGGAACCGCUUCAAGGACAUCCUGCCAUAUGAGGAGUCCAGAGUCAGGUUGAUACCCACCCAGGGGAAUCCUGCAGGAUACAUCAAUGCCUCACAUAUCAAGAUGCAGGUUGGAGAGUCAGAGUUGAAGUACCUUGCUGCCCAGGGGCCCAUGGAGAACACCACAGAGGACUUCUGGAGGAUGGUGUGGGACCAGGAGGUGCUCAUCAUUGCCAUGCUGUCUCUUACAAAGGAGGGAGAGAAGGAGAAGUCCUACCAAUACUGGCCGACAGAGCCGACACAGACGUGCAGGUUUGGGGAUGUGGAGGUGACCCUGAGGUUCAGCAGUGUGUCUGGUCCGUACGCCACGCGGGGGAUGUCUGUCAAACACACGCCGUCAGGACAGACACGCACUCUCUGGCAUCUACAGUUCCUGGCAUGGCCAGAACACGGGUGCCCCCAGAAUGUGCAAGAUUUCCUAUGCUUCCUUGAAGAAGUCCAGUCGGUGAAGAGACUGGCCUAUGACAUGCCAUUGGAACGGGAGCCCCCGCUUCUGGUGCAUUGUGGGAAUGGCGUUGGCAGGACAGGGGUGCACAUAUUGUCGGAGGUGAUGAUCAGGACAUUGGAGCACAACAAGGACCUAGACGUGCCGACUGCCCUGACCAGCCUGCGGGACCAGCGCAUGAUGACAGUUCCCAUGCUGGCCCAGUACAAGUUUGUCUACUCAGUUCUCAUACAAUACCUCAAGAACUCCAGACUCAUCUGA